AUGGCAGACGCAGAAGACGAGGCCCCACUUCAAAAAGUGCGUCGUUCUACGCGUACCAAUACACGUACAACCGUUAAAAAUGAUUUAAAAUCUACAAAAAACAAAUCUGAAACAAAGACCUUUGAUAAAAACAAAAACUCAAGCUCUAAAAGAAAAUGGGAAGAAUUAGAUUCUGAGGCCGACGGCAAGCCUUCCCAAACGUUCCAAACAAAUGGCAAAAAGACUAUUCGUAAUAAAAAAAAAGUCAUUUUUAGUGAUUCUGAAGAGGAUGAAGAAAAAAAAGUAGUAAACGAUGAAGGAGAGAUUGAAAAGGUAAAAAAGGAAGCUAUUGAGAAUGAUAUUGAGAUGAAUGAUGUGAAGAUUAAAGAAGAGGAUGAUGUUGCGAUGAAUGAUGUUAAAGCUGAAAAAGAGGGUGAUGUUGAGAUGAAUGAUGUAAAGGUAGAAAAAGAGGAUGCAGAUGAAAUUCCUAUUGCCCAACGACGCAGAAAAUUAAAAGAUUCCAAGGGAAAGGCAAAGAAAACCGAAGAGGCAAUGCCUCUCGCUCAACGUAAAAAAAAUCAAAAGACAGUCAAAGGAAAUGAUACUAAGCGUAAACGUAAGAUCGAGUCGGAAUCUUCUUCAGAUUCGGAGUCUGAUACCAUAUCAAAAACAAAUGGGGGCAAAUCUUCAUCUUCAAAAGUUAAGCCUCAAUCUAAAAGGACAAAACAAGCCAAACAGUCCGAAGAGUCUGAAGCUUCUGAAGAAGAAAAGAAACCUGUUCGUCAGAAUGGUAAAAAGUCACCUGCAAAAUCGAAAACAUCUAAAGCCAGUGUAGGGAAGGCGUCUUCCAAAAAGGGAAAACAAAAAAAACAAGAAUCGUCUCCAGAUGAUCAAAGUGAAGAGGAGGAAGACGAAGAAUAUAAAUGGUGGAAAGAGAAUGCUCAAGGAGAUGGCACGGUGAAAUGGCAAACUUUGGAGCAUAAUGGGGUUCUAUUUCCACCGGAAUAUGUUCCACACGGUGUUAAAAUGAAGUUCAAAGGUGAAGAAGUUUUUUUGGAACCAGAAGCUGAAGAAGUUGCAAGUUUUUAUGCUGCCAUGCUAAAUUCGGAGCAUGUACAAAACGAAACAUUUCGCAGAAAUUUCUUUGCUGAUUGGGUUACGAUUCUUAAAAAAUCGAAUAAGAAUCCGCCCAUUCGCAAUUAUGAUAAAGAUCAUGAGCAUUGCGAUUUUACUCCUAUAUUUGAUUAUUUUGAAAAAGAGAAAGAACGAAAAAAGGCCUUGUCAAAAGAGGAAAAACAAAAAAUAAAGGAGGAAAAGCUUAAACUCGAAUCACAAUAUGCUUAUUGUAUUUUGGAUGGCCGUAAAGAAAAGGUUGGAAAUUUCCGUAUUGAGCCACCCGGUUUGUUUAGAGGACGCG